AUGUCAGUGUUACAAAGUAUGAUGAUGUCGUCGGCGGAGGACGAUGAGAUGCCGGGUGGAAUGAGCGGAAUGAGUCAACAGGGCGGAAAUCCGACAACAUCCGCCAACCCGGCUGAUAGUGAACGCACUGAUUUGUGGCAAGCUACAUUGCAGGCAGCUGUCGCGGCUUCGUCGGGUGGUGAGGCUGGAAAGAAGAAACCUCAGCAGAGGAAACCGCUAAGACAGCAAAAUGUUGUCGAACGACCCGACAAUGCACUUCUUUGUCUUUCCCUGCAGAAUCCGAUGCGAAAGAUUUGCAUAGCGAUCGUCGAAUGGAAACCUUUUGAAUGGUUGAUCUUGUUGAUGAUUUGCGCGAAUUGUAUAGCACUGGCCGUUUAUCAGCCCUACCCGGCACAGGAUACAGAUAACAAGAAUUGGUGGCUGGAACAAAUCGAGUACAUCUUCAUCGUCGUUUUCACAAUAGAAUGCAUAUUAAAGGUGAUAGCGUAUGGGUUUCUUUUUCAUCCGGGUGCAUAUCUGCGAAAUGCGUGGAACAUUUUGGAUUUCAUCAUUGUCGUUAUUGGAUUGGUUUCAACACUUCUCUCGAAAAUGUCAAUCCAGGGAUUUGACGUGAAAGCGCUGCGAGCGUUUCGUGUGCUCCGACCUCUUCGACUCGUCUCCGGAGUGCCGAGUUUACAAGUGGUGUUGAACGCGAUUCUUCGAGCGAUGAUUCCUCUAUUGCACAUUGCGUUGCUCGUCCUUUUCGUCAUUCUCAUUUACGCGAUCAUCGGACUCGAAUUGUUUUGCGGGAAGCUGCACUCAACUUGCGUCGACGUUGCAACCGGUCAAAUCGCAAUGAAAGAUCCGACAACGUGCGGAAAUUCGCCAACCGCUUACAAGUGUGAACCAACGGAUACACUCGAGAAAAUGGGCGUGAAAUGGACUUGCACGAACGAAACGAGUUGGCCGGGUCCCAACAAUGGGAUCACGAAUUUCGACAAUUUUGGUCUUGCUAUGUUGACGGUUUUCCAAUGUGUUUCACUGGAAGGGUGGACGGACGUGAUGUACUGGGUAAACAAUGCGGUGGGCAGAGAAUGGCCUUGGUUUUAUUUCGUUUCUCUUGUCAUUCUUGGAUCAUUCUUCGUGCUCAAUCUGGUGUUGGGAGUGUUGUCGGGAGAGUUCUCGAAAGAACGAGAAAAGGCUCGAGCGAGAGGUCUCUUUCAGAAGUUUCGAGAGAAACAACAGCUGGAGGAGGACUUGAAAGGUUAUCUCGAUUGGAUCACUCAGGCCGAGGAUAUCGAUCCGGUGAACGAGCAAGACGAAGAGGAGCCACAGCAUAAUGGCGAGGAGCAGGAUGAAGAGGGCGAGGAGAGAGUGGAAGAGACUAGACCGAGUUGGUUACGAUUGAAAAUGAAGAGAUUCGAGAAACUGAAUCGUCGUUGUCGUCGCGCUUGUCGACGGCUGGUGAAAUCGCAAACAUUCUAUUGGCUUGUCAUCAUUUUGGUCUUCUUCAACACACUUGUUUUAACAUCCGAACACUACCGACAACAGCCAUGGCUUGACGAUUUUCAGACCUGGGCAAAUCUCUUCUUCGUCGUGCUCUUCACAAUGGAGAUGUUCUUGAAAAUGUACUCGUUAGGUCUCACCAAUUACACCACAUCACAAUUUAAUCGUUUCGAUUGUUUUGUCGUGAUCAGUUCAAUUCUCGAGUUCGUUUUGGUGUAUCUGGAGUUGAUGAAACCACUCGGAGUGUCGGUGUUGCGGUCGGCUCGUUUACUUCGGAUAUUCAAAGUGACAAAGUACUGGACGUCACUUCGAAAUCUCGUCUCCUCCCUUCUGAAUUCUCUUCGAUCAAUCAUUUCCCUUUUGUUGCUUCUUUUCCUUUUCAUCGUCAUCUUUGCCUUAUUGGGAAUGCAGGUAUUUGGUGGUAAAUUCAACUACAACCCUCAACAACCGAAACCCCGUGCCAACUUUGAUACUUUCAUCCAAGCUUUGUUAACCGUUUUCCAGAUUCUCACCGGCGAGGACUGGAACGCGGUGAUGUACAGUGGAAUCGAGUCAUUCGGUGGCGUGGGCACACUCGGUGUCAUUGUAUCGAUCUAUUUCAUUGUUCUCUUCAUUUGCGGUAAUUACAUCUUGUUGAAUGUGUUCUUGGCUAUCGCUGUCGAUAAUUUGGCCGAUGCUGACUCGUUGACGAACGCCGAGAAAGAGGAGGAACAAGGAGAAAACCUAGAAAUGGAAAUUGAAGAAGGUGAAGAGCUCGACGAGGAGAAAGGAGAAGAUCAUUUUGGAGAGGAUGGGUUGAGAUUCGACGAGGAAGAGGUCGAAGGAGAGGAUGGAGAUUUGCCGACCACGGUUCGACCGCGCAGGAUGAGUGAAUUGCCACAGGUUUCCAAGCAAAAACCGAUCCCGAAAGCCUCAUCAUUGUUCAUUUUGUCGCACACGAAUGCGUUUCGAGUUUUCUGCAAUAAAAUGGUUAACCAUUCGUAUUUUACAAACUCGGUUCUUGUGUGUAUUUUGGUGUCAUCAGCCAUGUUAGCAGCCGAGGAUCCGCUCGAAGCUGAUUCCGACAGGAAUAAGAUUCUCAAUCAUUUCGACUAUUUCUUCACAGCCGUCUUUACCGUCGAAAUUUCGCUUAAAGUGGUUGUGUUCGGUUUCGUCUUACAUAAAGGUUCUUUCUGUCGAAAUGCGUUCAAUUUGUUGGAUAUUCUCGUCGUUGCUGUUUCAAUCAUUUCUUUCAUCAUCAAGAGUGAUUUCUCGGUUGUCAAAAUUCUCAGGGUUCUGAGGGUGCUGCGUCCCUUGCGUGCCAUCAAUCGAGCCAAAGGCCUCAAGCACGUCGUUCAAUGUGUGAUCGUUGCCGUGAAAACUAUCGGUAACAUUAUGUUGGUGACAUUCAUGCUUCAAUUCAUGUUUGCUAUUAUCGGCGUUCAACUGUUUAAGGGGACUUUCUUCCAAUGUAAUGAUCUCUCAAAAAUGACCGAGGCUGAGUGCAGAGGUGAAUACCUUCACUAUGAAGAGGGCGAUCCAACAAGGCCGGUUUCAAAGAAGAGAGUCUGGUCAAACAACGAUUUCAACUUCGACAACGUCAUGGAGGCGAUGAUUUCUCUUUUUGUUGUCUCCACUUUUGAGGGAUGGCCUGGUCUUCUCUACGUUGCAAUCAACUCAAAUGAAGAAGAUCGAGGUCCAAUCCACAACUCUCGACAAGCCGUCGCUCUUUUCUUCAUAGCUUUCAUCAUCGUUAUCGCUUUCUUCAUGAUGAAUAUCUUCGUCGGUUUCGUUAUCGUUACCUUCCAGAAUGAGGGAGAGCGAGAGUAUGAGAAUUGCGAGUUAGACAAGAAUCAGCGUAAAUGUAUCGAAUUUGCAUUGAAAGCUCGUCCGCAUCGUCGCUACAUCCCGCGGAAUCGUUUUCAAUACCGUGUUUGGUGGUUUGUCACGUCGAGAUGGUUCGAGUACGGUAUCUUCAUUGUAAUCGUGAUGAACACGAUCUCUCUCGCCUGUAAACAUUACCCAAUCACGGAGAAAUUCGAGAGUGUCCUCGAUGAUCUAAAUUUCUUCUUCACCACCGUUUUCGCCAUUGAAUCUGUGCUGAAAAUUAUUGCUCUAAACUUUCGAAACUAUUUUGGGGACAAAUGGAAUGUUUUCGAUUUUGUGAUCGUCCUUGGAUCGUUCAUUGACAUCUUUUGGUCGAGGAUCAGUGGUGGACCGGGAACGGGUUUCUCGAUCAAUUUCUUCCGUCUUUUCCGUGUGAUGCGAUUGGUGAAGUUGUUGUCGAGAGGAGAGGGCAUUCGAACGCUUUUGUGGACAUUUAUGAAGUCAUUUCAAGCUCUCCCAUACGUUGCUUUACUCAUCGUCUUACUGUUCUUCAUCUAUGCCGUCAUUGGUAUGCAAGUCUUCGGAAAAGUGGCUCUCGAUGACAAUACGGCCAUUCAUCGGAACAAUCAUUUCCACUCGUUUUUUGCCGCCGUUUUGGUCUUGUUCAGGUCAGCUACAGGAGAAGCCUGGCAAGAGAUUAUGUUAUCGUGCUCGAAUCGAGAAGAUGUGAAAUGCGACAAAGGCUCAGACGACUACAAAAACAAUACAAACGCGACUUGCGGCAACAAUUUCGCGUAUCCCUAUUUCAUCUCAUUCUUCAUGCUUUGUUCUUUCUUGGUCAUCAACUUGUUCGUGGCUGUCAUUAUGGACAAUUUCGAUUAUUUGACGCGAGAUUGGUCAAUCCUUGGCCCUCAUCAUUUAGAAGAAUUUGUCCGGCUUUGGUCAGAAUACGAUCCGGAUGCAAAAGGACGAAUCAAGCACCUUGAUGUCGUCACAUUGUUGAGAAAGAUCUCUCCACCACUUGGAUUUGGAAAGCUCUGUCCGCAUCGAUUGGCUUGCAAGCGUCUUGUCUCAAUGAAUAUGCCGCUAAACUCGGACGGUACGGUUUGCUUCAACGCAACUCUUUUCGCGCUAGUGCGUACAAAUUUGAAGAUCUAUACGGAGGGAAACAUCGAUGAAGCCAACGAGCAACUCCGAUCGGCGAUUCGUCGAAUUUGGAAGAGAACACCGAUGAAAAUGUUAGACGAAGUGGUGCCACCAGCUGGAAAAGAAGACGACGUAACUGUUGGAAAAUUCUACGCGACUUUCCUUAUCCAGGACUACUUUCGGCGUUUCAAGAAAAGAAAAGAACUCGAAGCGAAAGGAAUGGUUGGACCCGGUGGGCACACACCACAAGCAAUGGCUCUACAGGCCGGUUUACGAACUCUGCAUGAGAUUGGACCUGAGCUGAAGCGAGCGAUUUCCGGGAAUCUCGAAACUGAUUUCAAUUUCGAGUCAGAGGAACCCGUGCAUAGGCGUGCUCACUCUCUCUUCAACAACUUUGUGUCAGCGAUUGCCGGCUCUCGUGGUCAAGAACAGCACGAUCAUCAUCCGGGAGUGCAAGCAGAGAGAACGAGUAUGCUAAUGCCUUAUCAAACUCGUUCUUUCUCACCAACCCAAAGUGUGAACGGCACGGAAAGCUCUCGAAUGGCUCAUGGAGGCUUGAGUGUAAACGAUCACCAACUCAAUCACUCCGUUCAUCUUCCACUGAACGGACACCCCAACACUCAACACCAAUCCCUCAUUAUUCCCUCGUCGAGUGGUCGUCGAUUACCGGUGAUUCCAACGUACGUGAAUCACAUUCGAGAUGAGACAACAGGACGUAUGAGAGACUCGGGUGAAAGGGGUGCAAUGGACUCGCAACAACAGCGUUUCAUUAUCGCCAAUCGAAAUAUCCCCUCGGACACGGAAGACGAGGAUGAGUGGGCACGACGUCAUCAACAACACCAGACUCAUCCACACACACAUCAACGACUUUUACCACCAAUUCGAGAGCCAAUGAUGAUUGCUAGAAAUCAAGCUCUAGCGAUGGCUGGAAUGUCUUCAGAAGCCUAUGAAGGAACGUAUAGACCGGUGCCCGAUGGUCGAUCAGUCCGUUUACCAUUCAGUGCUAGGCCUGUUCUCGUUCCACAGAAUAGCCAACAAAGCAAUAGUUCACCGGCUGAUCGCCUUGUCGGACAAGCGCUUUCUCUUGGAAGAUAUAUGGAUCAAAGAGUUGUCGGAGCGGCGAGAAGAGAGCUGGAAGAGGUGUUCGGUGUCGAGGGUCAAGACAUGGAUUUGAUGGCAAAUCAAUUAGCAUCAAAUUAUAUGGAGCACGUGGGGAUGAACGAGAUGCGUGAUAUGAAUCAGUACUCUCGUUCGUCAUUGCUUCGUCCAACCGAUACCCAGGAUACAGAAGAGGAUCCUCGAGACGCUGAUGACGCUUUAUUAGUCACAACAUUG